AUGCAAAUUGAGGAUUGGUAGCGUGCAGACUGUUUAAGGAAAUGAAACCAGAGACGACUACAGAGAGACAUUUCGAUGUCAGUAAGGAUCAGAAAGUACUGGAAUUACAGAGAAGAAUUUGCAGUCGAACAAACACCAAUAAAGAGAUGACACAGCAAUAUUUGGAAGGAAGGGAAGUUGCUCUGGAGAAUCAGCUGUUAUUAUAUAAAAUGGAUGAGAAAGGAACUGGUUGUGAGUCAGCGCAGAAUAAACAAAUUAAAGUGAAUGUUGGAUGUGGAGUUGCAAAUAAAAGAGAAGGAUGGAAGGCGGAUGAGUCACUGAAAAUUUUGGAAGACAAUGUAAUUAAUUUAAUCGAAGCUGAGAUCAUGUCAAUGGGAACGGAUAUUCAGUGGACGGAUAUAUGUGGUUUGGAGCCGGCAAAAAAAGCACUUAGAGAAAUUAUCGUUCUUCCGUUUCUCAGACCUGACAUUUUCAAGGGUAUACGUGCACCACCUAAAGGUGUGUUGCUUUUCGGACCACCUGGUACUGGCAAAACCAUGAUUGGACGAUGUGUUGCAUCGCAAUGUAAAGCAACAUUUUUCAAUAUAGCCGCAUCGUCUAUUACGUCAAAAUGGAUUGAUUUUUUGCUUAAAAGUGGCAAUGAGAGUGAGCAUGAGUCAUCAAGACGAAUAAAGACUGAAUUUCUUAUCCAUUUGGAUGGUGUUGCAACUACCUUUGAUGAAAGAAUCCUUAUUUUAGGAGCUACAAACAGACCUGAGGAAUUGGAUUCAGCUGUUAAACAUCAUUUUGCGAAACGUCUGUACAUUGGUUUACCAUCUGAUGCUGCAAGAGCACAAAUGAUUCUCUUACUUCUCAGCGAUCAAGAACAUAAUCUUUCGGAUAGCGAUGUACAGUCCAUAGCGAAAUUAACAGGCGGCUAUUCUGGAGCAGAUAUAAAACAACUGUGCUCCGAAGCAGCAAUGAUUCCAGUUCGUAAUAUUGUUGAUUCAUCCUCACUUGAUCUUGUUUCUAUCAGCGCUGAAGAGAUCCGUCCAAUCUGUUUUUCGGAUUUCGAAGUAGCAAUGCGUUCUGUUCGCCCAACGGUUGUUGCAGAGGAUUUAGAAGGACAUAAUUAUGUUUUGCAUUUGAAGUUGGGAUUGUCAGAAUUAAAUUAUGGUGGAGCAAAACGAAUGAGAAAAUUAUCGGUCGCAGCUUAA